ACACUCAGUGGUUAAAUCUAACGGAAGUCAGCAACAAUAGCAGUAUUAUAAUCAGUGAUGUUUGCUUCAGACACACUUUUGCAGACCCCUGAAGUGUGAAAGUGUUAAAGUUUCUCAUGCUUGUUUUUCUCUGUUUGUGCUUCUGCUGGUUGGUGGGUGUGUUUGGUGAUGAAGUGAAGUCAGUGUCAGUGAUGGAGGGAGAUUCUGUUACUCUACACAUUGAUCUUAUUGACCUAAAGACCGUUCAUCUGAUACUGUGGAAGUUUGGACCUCAAGAGUCUCUUAUAGCUCGAGUCAAUAGAGAAGCUAAUACAGUCUCAAUAUAUCCUGAUGUUCUUGAUGGGAGAUUCAGAGGCAGACUGCAGGUGAAUAAUCAGACUGGAGAUCUCACCAUCACAAACAUCACAACUCAACACAUUGGACUUUAUCAAAUAAACAUCAGCGGCAAACAGAAGAUCUCACACAGAUUCAAUGUUACUGUCUAUGCUCGUCUGCCCGUUCCUGUCAUCUCUAGUUACUGUCCUCAAAACUCUUCAUUAAUCUCAAACUGUGUGUUGUUGUGUUCAGUAUUGAAUGUGAGAGAUGUGAGUCUGUCCUGGUAUAAAGGAAACAGUUUAUAUUCCAGCAUCAGUGUGUCUGAUCUCAACAUCAGACUCUCUCUAUCUCUGGAGAUUGAAUAUCAAACUAACAAUACAUACAGCUGUGUGGUGAACAAUCCCAUCGGAAAUCAGACUCAACAUCUCAACAUCACUCAGCUCUGUCAACGGUGUUCAGAUUGUGUCAGCUGUUGUGACCCUACCGAAGGUGUGAUUCGAUUAGUUAUUUCUGCUCUGGUGGGCAUGGCCACAAUUGCUGUUCUGGUUUAUGACAUCAGAUCUAGCAGAGUGGAACAGAAGAAAAAAUCAAAGACACAAAGACACAAGGGGCAUCAGUUUGUGUUGAAAAGCGAUGGGGACAAAAGAGCAGAUGAAAAAACAUUACAGCAGGACGGGAAAAAUUAUGAAUAACGGUGCAUCAAAAAUGGGUAAAAAAUUUACUGUCACAAACCCGACUCAACAGUGUGGAUGUUUGUCAUGUUCACAAAGAGAGAAUGUAUAACUUGGACAAGAAGAAACUGUGUCAAGAAUUUGUUCAAGUUACUGAUCAGUGCAUGCAUGUUUUUGGGUCAUUUUAGAACCAGAAGUUUAUCUUGUUUAAGUUACUUUUUUGACAAUGUACAUUAUUCCUUUCUGUAUUUAAACUGCAUUGCAUGUUUUAUUUUGUGCAAA